CAAAAUUUUGGAUAAGACAGCCAAAAAAUGCAAAACACUGAGAAUCUUGUUGAAUCUAGUCUAAUAUAUCAUGUUCGCUCUCAAGACUGCUGCUGGCAAGGCUGUUAUGCCUGCUGUACGAGUCGCUUCUCGCCGCUCUGCCUCCAACGUUGCUUCUAGAAGCGGUAAAUACAUUCAAACUUAACAAAUUUCACGCUAAACCUCUAAUCCAUCAAACUCAUUCGCAACUUGUAUCCCUGUAGUUUUCGUUUCUACUCGCCAAGCCCUUUCUGCUGGUAACAAGAUGGUAUGAUUAUUUUAAUACGCAAGGCUUGAAUGUAUUUUGAUGUGUCUUUAUUUACAAAAAGUCAUUUAUAUAGACCGCUAGCAUGCUCAAGAGCGCCUACGUGUCAGCAGCACCUUCCCGCUACAUGUACUUCGGUCGCCGUCAUAUGGCUACCGAGACUGGCAAGUUCUCUCGUGGUAAGCCCCACGUCAACAUUGGCACCAUUGGUCACGUCGAUCACGGAAAGACCACUUUGACUGCUGCUAUCACCAAGACUUUGGCCACCCGCGGUGGUGCUCAAUUCAUGGACUACAGCCAAAUCGAUAAGGCUCCUGAGGAGAAGGCUCGUGGUAUUACCAUCUCCACUGCUCACGUCGAAUACGAAACUGAUGCUCGCCAUUACGCCCACGUUGACUGUCCCGGUCACGCUGAUUACAUCAAGAACAUGAUUACUGGUGCUGCUCAAAUGGAUGGUGCUAUCAUUGUCGUUUCUGCCACUGAUGGUCAAAUGCCUCAAACCCGUGAGCAUUUGUUGCUCGCCCGUCAAGUUGGUAUCCAGAAGCUUGUUGUCUUCAUCAACAAGGUCGAUGCUAUCGAUGACCCUGAAAUGUUGGAGCUUGUCGAGAUGGAAAUGCGUGAUCUUUUGAGUGAAUACGGUUUCGACGGUGAGAACACUCCCAUCGUCAAGGGUUCCGCCCUUGCUGCCCUUGAAGGCCGUGAUCCCGAAAUCGGUGAGAAGGCCAUCGACGAGCUUAUGGAAGCCGUCGACAGUCACAUCCCUACCCCUAUCCGUGACCUCGACAAGCCUUUCUUGAUGCCCAUUGAAGAUGUCUUCUCCAUCUCUGGACGUGGUACUGUUGCCACUGGUCGUGUUGAGCGUGGUGUCAUCACCAAGGGUGCUGAAGUCGAAAUUGUCGGUAUGGGACCCACCCAGAAGACCAUUUUGACUGGUAUUGAAAUGUUCCGCAAGGAAUUGGACCGUGGUGAAGCUGGUGACAACAUGGGUGCCUUGCUCCGUGGUGUUAAGCGUGAACAAAUCCGUCGUGGUCAAGUUCUUUGCGCUCCUGGAACUGUCAAGUCUCACAAGAAGUUCGAAGCUCAAUUGUAUAUUUUGACCAAGGAAGAAGGUGGCCGUCACACUCCCUUUGUCGAUAACUACCGACCCCAAAUGUUCGUCCGCACAACUGAUGUCACUGUCACCUUGAAGCAUCCUGCUGGCACAGAGAACCCCGAGGAAAAGAUGAUCAUGCCCGGUGAUAACGUUACUAUGGAGUGCGAGCUUGUUCACGACAUUGCAUUGGAGGAAGGUCAAAGAUUCACUGUUCGUGAAGGUGGCAAGACCGUUGGUACUGGUGUCAUCUCCCGUAUCAUGGAUUAAGGAAAAGGAAAAGAAGGAUCAAAUGCUCUCACAGCAUUGGUUAAAGAGCAGGUUUUCUAUGACAAGCUCUCUUUUUCAUUUCUAAUUUCCUAAACGAACAAAAUAGAUACAAUAUAUUUUUCUUUUCUUUCCAUUUUUUUUUUUACUUCCACCUCUUCCUUGUCUGUAAUAUCGUUCAAUUAAAAAGCAAUACAAUCCCUCUUCGCAUCGAAAUUA